GUAAAAAUUACACGUAUAGGAUUUCCAGUCACCAGGUCAGGGUUAUAGGUCAUCUUUUGUUCAACUACAAUGGCAGGUAAUUACAUAUGCAGCCGAACAAAAGUCAUCAAUAGAUCUGUAUUAUUAUCUAUGCAAGUACAUUGUUGGAACAGAAGAACAUGUAAAAACAGUCAGAAUGAUGAACAAUGUCAGAGACAAUUCAGAGAAGGACGAUAAUAUGACAUCCAUCACCAGUGGAAGUUUCGGAGAGGGACUACAAUUGCGAGGUAGCGAUUUAGAUAUUAUGUCUGUUACGAAUUAUAUCGAGGUAUGUGAAGACAUACAUCAUGUACAUAUUGAUUUAAAUGCUGACAAAGUAUAUGUUAUAAUGGAAAUGAAGGACACACAGCCAGGUUUCUCUAAGUUACGUCUACUGCACACCGGUAUGCAAAGUAUCUUUCGAUUCUGUGAUAAGAUAGAUAAUGAUUUUUACCUUUCAAGCCAUGUAUAUAAGCACAGUACAACGAAUAGCUGGUUGUCGACUAUACAUGGGCCAUGUUUAUCCGAUAAAUAUGGAUUCCUUGACCUUGUAUUUUGUUUACGAAGUAAAUUAUGGAUAACAUCAGGAAGACAAUGGUUAACACGAUCAAAUAGUACAUGGCCGUCAUACGAUGUUAAACAGGCAAUUGUAAAACACGGGGUUUUAUUUGUACCUAUUGGUGUGAAAGGAUCGACAAAUGAAGAAUUAGAAUGGCGCAUAUCAUUUUCUGUUGGAGAAAAACUUCUUUUUUGUACAUUUACACAUACACAAUUACUAUGUUAUGCACUAAUGAAAAUCCUUCUGAAAGAUGUUAUUGCGUUAGAUAUAGAUUGUAAAGAACUUCUUUGUUCAUAUUUCAUGAAAACAGUUUUGUUUUGGAUAAGUGAGGAAUUACCUUCUUCAAUAUGGAAACCUGCAAACUUGAUUCAUUGUUUCAUGAGAUGUUUUAGGAGGCUUAUAUAUUGUGUUGAAUACGCAGUUUGUCCGCACUAUUUUAUUCCCGAGAAUAAUUUAUUUGAGAAUAAGAUACAUGGACACGCGCAGGAAACACUUUUAAAAAGGUUACACAUUCUAAACAGUUAUGGUUGGCAAUGUAUCUUGCUGUCAGAUCAAAUCUCGAAUGUCCAUGUAUUAGCAUUUGAUAUUAUCAAGGAAUCAAAUAAUUUUUAUGUCAAUAGUAUACAACAGAUAUUCACCCCAACUAUGGUCACAGCCGAAUUUAUGAGGGUGGCUUCCGCUUUUCACUUGGAAAAGGUGAUAUACAACUUAUUGUCCUGUAAUAGUUCGAAAAUCAAAUACCUGUAUAUAUAUAAUAUGUCAAGGAACUGUCUUAAAAGUGGGCGUUUCCUACCAUUCGAUGAGAUGUCUGGUAAUAAAUCAAUUUACACACAUUAUACUAACUAUAUAAGUACUCUGAUACUAAGCACACGUCAUGACGCUGUAUCUGGAUGGCUGAUGUUAGCUUCGUUUUUCUACAGGAGCCAACAAUACAAUAAAGCGCUUCAUAUUGUCAAUCAUUCUCUAUUGAACUGUUCUCCUGAACAACUUAUUCACUUGAAUAUGUCAGAUAUUUAUUAUGACCUGUUAAAAUUACAUGUAACUAGGCAGAUGAAUAUUGUUCAGUUGUUGAAUUUUUUUCGGUUAGAAUUUGUCAUAUUUAAAUCAGACUCUAUGUUAGUUCCGAAAGAAUUAGAAACGGGCGAAAUGUAUAUAAUACCUCCAGUAGUAUAUCGACAUUUCCUUCGUUUUUUAUGUCAUUAUCAUCUAAGAAAUAGCAGGCAAUGCCGGGAAGCACUCGAGGAUCUAAAGUUAACUAUUGCAGAAAACUUUUUUUUCAUAAGAAAUCCUUUGCCAGAAGCUUACAGUUAUUACAUCCUAGGUAUAAGUUGUCAGUUAGUAGGAGAUGAAGAAUCUGCAAGACAAGCUUUUAUGCGAGACAAGUUUUUAUGCGAGCAAGUUGGGUUGUAUACAGAAUAGCAUUUAAUACAUUGUCAUUGUUUGGGUGAAUGUGAUUAUUUAAGAAUCAAUUGCUCCUUUUUGUAAAUAUAUUAGGAGUGUAAAAGCGUUGAACGAAGUCCUUUUUGUAUGAAGAGCGAAAGCUUCAUUCUAAUAAACGCUUUUACAACCCUAAACAAAUAUUUAAAGAAAUAUUCAUUACUUAUAAUUUCAUUUUUUUGCUAGGACAGUGAAAAUACGAUUUCUAUCAUGUUUUUGUUUUCUUUAACUGUGCACUUUAUUGUGGAAAAUCAUGUCAUUAUGAAUGUUACAUUUCAUUUUGAAAUGGAGGUUGAUUUCUGAAUGACGCCAGUUUGAUGUUAGCCAAUCAUAAUAACGUAAUAUCAGUGAGGUAUACAUGUUAUGUAAUUAUUGUUGUUUAUCAAUAUAUGCAGGCGACUAUUCUUCUAAU